UUAAUAUUAACGAGACGUAUACGCAGCCUCCAAAAUACUUUAAAAUAUUUUAUUUUAGGAUAAAUUUUAUUUUGUUCGUUCCCAAUAUUGAUAUAUUUUCUACAAAAAGUUAUUCUAAAAAGCUUUAAAAACAAAUGCGUAACAUAUAAACAUAAUGCAAAAUAAGCAACAAAUGAAACACGUUUCUGGUCGGCAUUGCAGCGCAUCGUUUACCUGCGCCAGCUGUGCGACUGAAACACCUGGGUCGGGUUUCAGUAGCAGUGGGCUGGACUGAGAAAGAUAUAUUGAAACUUCACAGGCAAGCGUUAAACACUGUUGAAAUGUUUGCCGAGAAGUCAUGUAACACAUCCGAGCUCAGUCAGUGGAACUAAGUUCUAGCGGUUUACGAUAGGACUGGGCACAAUUCCAGCAUGCAAGCUUGAUGCGACUAAAUGCUGUCAUAACCAGCUGAACUGCAAACUUGGCCACAGGAACGUCCCUCCCACUGUUUUAGGAGUGAAUCAGUGAGGUUGACAGUUUAUUGAAUGAAUUGGAGGUCACACCAACAGCAAACACAGACAUCAUGAAUUCCCAGAGCAGCUUUGGGAGCGACUUUAUGUUUCAAUCCAUCAAUGAUGAACUAAGUGCAUCUUUGACCACAGCAGACGAGCUUUCACGGGAGUUCAGCUCGCUCCUACAGGAAGCCACUCCUGUUGUGCAAACCACCACUGAACAGAGUUCUGGCCCCAAAUCCCAGAACGGCAGUGAUGGCAACAGCAGUUUGUACAGCGCAAACAAAAAUGUCAGUGAGAACAUCCAGGGGAGCUCCACGAGCAGCUUGACCACAGUUCCCAGCCAACGCUCCCUGGACUCCACCCUCAGCAGGAAAGACUCUAACCUGGAUGUACCUCCUGCCAUCGUGCUUGGGCCGUCAUAUCCUGCACCAAACCUGGACUCACCUUCUGGCAUGAAUUUUAGGCCUUCAUCUCCCAGCCCUUUAACCCAGCAGCACUCCCCAUUUUCAUCACCGAGUGCUAUUAGACAAGCAUCGCCAAUGCCCCUGAGGCCUCAAAAUUCUAGAGGAUCACUGAGCUAUAGGGAGCAGCCACCCAUUUCCAGCCCCACCUGUGACAAUAAAACAUCUCGCAGCUUGGUGCAGCCCUCAGCUAGUCCCUUAGCUAUGUAUGACUCUUCAAGUCUCAGGCCUUCGAGGUUGGAUAGAACGUCUUCCCCUCAACCUUUCAAUCAGCCAGCUGCCAGUACCCUACCACGCAAUUUCCAGCCAUUCAGACCCUCAGAAGAGGGAAUGCAGAGACAGAAGAGCCCCUCUAAGUGGAACGAGACAGACCUGGAUGUGCCAUAUGAUAGAAGGCCUCACCAAAGUUAUGACAAGAAUGAAUGGGUAAGACCAUCUGUACCCAACAGUAAUUGGAAAGAAUCUAACCUGGAUGCACCUCCUUCCGCUAAGAAGGAUACUGUGCCCCAUCAGCUCUCAUCCUCUUUCAGCUCACUCCCACGGAACACCCGUAUCUCAGUGUCCCCUGAUCUCGCGUUAACCACCAGCUUUCCUUAUGGCCCUCAGCCAAUCAUUUCCCGUAUCUCCAUUCCACCUGCAACCUCUGGAGUCCGGCAGCAUAGGCCCAUCCCACUGUCCAUCAUAAUGAGGCUCCAAAACCCCUACUAUGCUGCAGAGGCCGCCAGAUAUGCCCCUGGUCCAGUGAAAGAUCCACAGCAAAGAUUUUACAGCCAACGUCUUCCCUUGCCCCGAGAGUACUUGCAGCAAGGUCAAAUCCCUCAACCUCAGAGACAGAAGACCUAUUACAGAGAAGCUGUUCUUCACCCUGGAGAUGUUGAAGCUGAGCUUGACAGACAGGAUAGCACUACAAUAGAAGGCCCUGGGUGCUUGAUUGACCAACGCAAGAAACCAGAAGAAGAGGGUAAAGAAGAUCCAGAGAUGCCCCCUCGCCCACUCAGCCCCACACGCCUGCAGCCUGUGAUCGCCCCUGAGGCAGAGCUAUUCGGAGACCUAGAGGAUGUGAUGCGGAUCCGGGCCGAGUUCCCCAGGGCCCUGAAGAGACGGGGCUCAGUUGAAGUUUCUCAGCCCCUGAAAAAGUUGCCUGUUUCCCAACCCAACUAUUACAAGCAGAUGAUGAAUAAACUGUUUCGCAGGACGACCCUCUACAUCAAGGAGGAACAGUUAGUCACCGAAAGUGGCAGCUCUUCAGAUGGAGAGGACAGUCCCAAAUCACCAACAGAACCUCCCUUACCAAUCACAGAGAUCCAGGUCUCCUCUGAACAAAAGGGCCUUCACUCUAUCUUGCGGAAAGCCAGUAAAGCCAAAUCGUCCAGCCGUAGAGCUCACCUGAGCCCACUGGUGCUGAUGUUGGAUGGGGCUUUAGUAGGAGAAUUAGAAACUGUACAGAGGGCUGCACAGGAGAUGAGUGACCCAAGUCAGGCUAAUGAUGAAGGCAUCACGGCUCUUCACAAUGCCAUCUGCGGUUUACACUUCCCAGUGGUCGAGUUCCUGGUGCGGAUAGGAGCUAACGUUAGCGCUCCAGACAGCCACGGCUGGAUGCCUCUGCACUGUGCUGCAUCCUGUAAUGACCGUAAAAUGUGCGAGUUCCUGGUGCGGAACGGGGCAGCGGUGAUGGCAGUAACAGACAGCGAUGGUGCCACAGCAGCACAGAAGUGUGACCCGUACGCUCCGGGCUUUGAGGAGUGUGAGAGCUUCUUGAAGGGUGUGGAGGAAGCCAUGGGCGUGGAGAACAGUGGGGUGGUGUACGCUCUAUGGGGAUAUCCUUCCCAGGCUCCAGACGAGCUGAGCUUCAAAGAAGGAGACAUGGUCACCAUCCUGCAGAAGCCUGAGGGGGUAGACUGGUGGUGGGCUUCACUAUGUGGCAGAGAGGGCUUUGUACCAAACAACUACUUUGGGCUUUUUCCAAAAGUGCGGCCCAAGUCACUGUGCUAAAGCACAGAAUCCAUCCUCAGACUUUAUACAGAAGGGACUAAGUAACAGACUCUGAUCCAUGCUUGGCAAAUCUGAGAUCCCUUUUUUGUUUUCAAACACACAAUGUUUUUUUUCCCCCUCAUUCCUGUGUACUGGGACAGUUGUGAUGGGAUUCUAUACAUUCACACUGCAGUAAUUCAGCAAUCUGUCAUUGAUGUAUUCCCAUUUCUGUUCAAAUUAAAGUUCUCGACCAUACCAGGCUGCUAAAAAUACUUCUACCAUUAAUCACUCUAACGUCCAUGACUGCAAACACGCUUGCAUAAGCUAAGUGCAAACUGACGUUAAGAGCACUUUUGCCCAGGAAUUUUCAAUACAUGGUUAGUAUGGUUAAGUCUCACAAUUCCUUGUUUGGAGAGGCUAAUUCUCUGUCUAGAUCUGUGGGAUUGAGAAAGGAAGAAAGGAAUUCACAGACUGUCAGAUUUGUUUAUCAGUUGUUAGUAGUAAAGAUGCAUCGGAACAAAGAUAUGUUAAAGAAGAAUUUGAAUGAUUGGUGCCCUAACUCAUCUUCUGAUUACAGUAUUUCACCCAAAAAGUUUUUCUUUAUGUAACAUGAUGAAUGUUUUAUCUGCUACCUAUUUCUCUACUGUUGUCACAGUGAUCUUUAGAUAUGAAAUAUGUUUAAGAUUUCUCCUCAAAAUAACAUACUUUUCUCUACAUGUGGGUUGUGUAUUAUAAUUGUGAUGCUUUGGUGAGGGAUAUUUUUUAGAAGGUGAGUUUGUUUUAGAGGUGACUGUGUGUGUGUAAGUGUGUUUUGAUUUGUUUCUUGUUAAAUCCUUUGACUGUGACUUUACAAUGACAAAUAUUACUCUCUGUAAUACCCUUACACAAAAGCAACAAAUAAAUAUUAAUUGCA